AUGAGUCCUUCAAGCCCAGUCGGUGGUAAGCCGCCUUCUCACGAGCCAGUUCCCUCUGUCGACAUCGACGAGAAGGCUGCCAUCCGGACACCAAAAGAUCUCGAGGACGGCCAACCACAACCUCGACGCAAAACCAUGACUUUCUGUCGAAGAGCCAUGUUGGUCUUGGGCUUCACAUGGCUGGUGCUGACCGGUGUGGCCAUGGCCGGCCCUCACCCGCGGUGGAAGAUGCCGUGCCAUCAGGCCGAAGGCCAGCAAGAGGUCGCCGAUGCCUCAAGGGAUUCAUCAUUCUCAGCUCUACUGAACGCGGCAUCGCCCAAGUCUCUUCACGACCUUCUCCACCGGUACUUCCCCGAGAAGUUCCAGGACGGUGUCUGGCCAUCGGAGCGCGAUGCCGUUGCGGCCGUUCACCAAGCCAAUGCGGCUCUGGCAACGUCCAUUGUCCAACUGGCCAAGCGGGACGCGAACUCGACCUCGAUCGAAACCUCCACUAGCGUGCCUGAACCCGAGCCCACAACUUCAACGUCCUCUAGUUCUGUGCCCCCAGUUGAGACCACCACCACCACCACCACCACCACCCCCAGCACCUCGGUCAUCACUCCCAGCAGCAAGCCGUCUCCCACGCCCACUCCCGAGCCUACUCCUACUACACAACCUGGUACGUCCCUCACGAGUCCCACAGGGAAUACUCUUCCCCCGGAUGACCCUUCUUCUUCUGUGCCGCGGACGACUGUUGGUGCGUCUUCCACCUCUAUGGCUUCGUCGUCCUCUUCGUCGUUGUCGUCGUCCUCUUCAUCGCAGGUGUUGUCUUCUGCGGUUGAUGGAGAAACGACUUUGACGACCUCUACCAUCCUGCCUGAUGAGGAGACGUCUACUUCUACGCCUCCUCCCAACACGAGCAACACGAGACGUACCUCUAGCUCUAUCGUCACCACUUUCACUCAGACCUCCAAUGGCAAUGUCAUCACUGUCACAUCGACGACUUUUGUCUAUGACAUCCCGGUAGAGACGACGCCAGCGGGUGCUGAGGAGCCGACUGUUACCCCUAGCCUUCAGAACGGGGCUCCCGGGAUGCAGAAACAGCAAAAGGGGUCGUUGUUGGCGGGUGUUAUUGCUGCGAUGGGCAUGUUUCUGAUUUAGUGGGUGGAAUUGGUGCGGACGCAAACCGGGUGGGAAUGGGGGCCCCCUGUUUGUUUCCUGGCGGGCAUUGAGCUGGGGUGCUUCAUGGUGGCGGCUCUUUUCUUUCUGAUGGUGGUUCUUUUCUUUCUGUCGUUCUGCAUCGCAAUGGGUCUUGGUUUUAUUUUCAGGGUCUUGGGGUUCAUCAUUUGUUGUUUUCUUGGCGAGCCGUACUGCGUCAUUCACGGCCGGCGCAGGCAUCACAUUCAUUACGGGAGGGAUAUACACAUGGUAACAAAAGGGAAACAUAUGGCAUAGAUGGAACACAAACACACGCACAGAGAGAGAGAAGAGAGGGAAUGUACAUAUAUACGGGUAUUAUAAUUGGUGGAUUGGAGGGAUCAAUGGAUGGGUAGGAAGCAGCUUUCUGCUGUAGCUAUGCUGACAUGAUGAUAGAG